AUGUCCUCCUCGCUGCGCUUCUCGGGCGGUUCCUCGAGCUCGACGACUCGCUCGAGCCUCGACUUCGACGACUGCGUCCCGACCUUUGACGACCAGCUCGCCGCGGCGCACACCUCUCUCGACACCCUCGCGACCCGCAUCCGCACCCUGCGCGCCCUCUCGGCCCGCCUCGCCGCCCUCCACCCGAACGACCUCUCGACCCCGACGCUCGCGCUCGACCUGCGCGACGCGCUCCUGGACGCUGCGGCUCGGCUCCGCGACGUCGACAGGGAGAUUCUGCGCCUGUGGGAGGACGAGGAGCGGGUCUGGCUGGCGGGCAAGAGUGACGCGCUUGGCGACUACCUCGAGGUCGGUGCGCACGAGUUCCCGCACCUCUUGACCAAGGACGUUGUUCACGCAUCGCGCUUUGUCGUCGACAACCCGUUCUCGAUCCUUUUGCGGCUCCUCGACGGCCUCGAGGCGCUCAAGAUACCUCAGCUCGUCAAGGCGAACGCGUCGCCGGCGACUUUGCUCCCUCCCCCUUCGCCUCCCCCUCUUUAUCGCCUCGACCCGUCACCCUCGACAUCAUCUAGCUCGCGACGCCGCGACAUCUUCCUACCAACUACAGCUCUGCCGCACGACCCGACGCCGGCCGGCGCCUCGUCAUCUACUUCGCGCCGAGCCGACUGGAAGCAGGCCAUCCUCGCCGAUGCGGUCCGCCGGACGGCGAGCGGGAAGGAGACUCGGUCGCACCGGUUCUUCGACGAGAUUGCGCUGGACCUGAGGGAGGGCGCGAGAGAGAUGAGGGUCGCGACGGGCCGAGGACAUCGCGAGCGGUGGAUCAUCUUCACCUUCAUCGCGCUCUUCCCCGUCCUCCUCCUCGCCAACCUCCUCGAGGACUUUCUCUCGUCGCGCCGCUCGGCCUCGACCUCGUCCAGCGGGUCGACAGCCUCGUCCUUCUCGCUCCGCACCCUCGCCCCAACGAUGCUCAACGAGGGCGCUGUUUCGACUGGCGUGCCCGUGUCUCCCAGCGACCCGUUCGCCGACCCCCGCUCGACGUACGGCUACGACACCGACCUCCUCCACGCGCAGCCUCGUGGUCCGUCUGCCGGCGCAGGCUCGAGCGCUGGCGCUACCGCCGCCGCAGGAGCAGGAGCAGGGACGGCGACGUCGGCUGCGGGCACGGCGACUGGCUCAGGCCCGCGCAGUGCGCCGCUCCUGAGCCGGACGAGCGUCGGGAGGAGCACGAGCGGCAAGAGCGCCGUCACGCCGUGGUACCUCAAGUGGUCCGGGAUCCUCGCGCUCGUCACUACGCUCCUGCUCGCGCUCGGACUCGGCGUCGGGCUUGGUGUUGGGCUCGGGACGAGGAACCAGGGCGACGGCGGCAAGCAGAACGCCGCGCAAGCCAAUGCCGCCUCGACCGUCACGUCCAUGUCGACCCUGUCGUCUAUCGUUACGGCCGACCCGACCUCGACGAGCUACAUCCCCAUCCGCGUCACGACCGGCUCCGCCUCGCGCGCCACCGUCGUCCAGACGCUCGGCGGCUCGACCGUGACCGUCGCCGCCCCUGCGACCGGUCCCUCGCGCGCCGUCGUCACCGUCUCGCAGGCGGUCGCGCCGUCGACCCGGACCGAGGUCGUCGACGUGACGACGUUCACGUCGACGCAGACCGUCACGACGACGCUCGAGGGCGCACAGGCGGCGACGACCAUCACGCAGGUCGUCACCGUGCGGCGCACCGUCACGGCGCAGGCGGGCGGGUUUGCGCGCAGGGCGUCGUUCGGGUUCGGGCGAGAGGAGGAGAGGUGA